UGACGAAAUGGAAACCACAGUUUCUUUGUAACCUAAUCUCGGAAGUGACAUCCCAUCACCACUGCUGCAUUCUCUUUUGCUAAAAGCAAGUCAUUAAAUCUAGUCCACACUCAAGAGGCGAGGGUUACAGAAUGGCACGGAUACGAUACCAGGAGAUGGGGAUUAUUAAGAACUUACCGGAUGCAACUAUAGUUAAAAAUUUGGUUUCCAGUAAUUAUCUGCUGGAUUCGCCAUGACCCCAGCUCUGAGGGAGGCAGCAACAAAGGGUAUCUGGUUUUCAUCUUUGCCAAGUACCAUGGAGUCUGACAAGAUACUAUGCAUGGAAAGUUCAAGAACUGUAGAUGAAAAGCUAAAGGGAGACACUUUCUCUCAGAUGCUGGGAUUUCCUACUCCUGAACCUACCCUUAACACUAAUUUUGUGAAUUUAAAACAUUUUGGCUCCCCUCAGUCUUCAAAACGUUAUCAGACAGUUCUUUUAAUGACUUCUAAUUCUACAUUAAAUAAAUACAAUGAGAAUUAUAAACAGAAGAAAUUAGGGGAGCCCAAUUGCAAUAAACUGAAAAACAUACUGUAUAAUGGCAAUAACAUUCAGCUCAGUAAAAUCUCUCAUUCGCAUUCUGAAGAGUUCGUCAAAAAGGAACCUCUGUCUGAUACCACAAGUCAGUGCAUGACAGAUGUAAAAGUUAUUCUGGAUUCAAAUAUAACCCAAGACACUAAUGUAGAUAAGGUACAACUACAAAACUGUCAACGGUACCAAAAGAAUGCACUUUUGGAUAAAGGUACUAAUGCUGAGAUUAAAAAGGGUUUAUUGCACUGUGCCCAAAAGAAAAUUGGGCCCAGCCAUUCAAAUGUGCCUGUUAGUUCCUCAGCUGCUGAAAAAGAGGAGGAAGUGAAUGCUCGUUUACUUCAUUGUGUAAGUAAACAGAAAACUUUACUUAGCCAAGCUAGAAGAACUCAGAAACAUUUGCAGAUGUGCCUGGCAAAGCAUGUUGUCAAGCACUAUGGUCAGCAAAUGAAAUUUUCUAUGAAACAUCAACUCCCCAAAAUGAAGAUCUUUCAUGAACCUACCACAAUUUCGGAUAACAGUUUAUCUCAGUGCACUGAAAUUAAGCCAGAUAUCAACCUAUUGACUGCAGAGAGUAAAUUGUGGAAUGAUACAAAAAAUGGCUUUGCACGGUGUACAGCUGCAGAAAUCCAAAGAUUUGCACUGUCUGCUACAGGGCUGUUGUCUCAUGUUGAAGAGGGUCUGGAUUCUGAUGCAACUGAUAGCAGCUCUGACGAUGAUUUGGAUGAAUAUACCAUUAAAAAUAAUGUGGCAGUUAACUGUAGUACUGAAUGGAAGUGGCUUGUAGACAGAGCAAGAGUUGGCAGCCGAUGGACAUGGCUUCAAGCCCAGAUUUCAGAGCUAGAAUACAAAAUCCAACAACUGACGGAUGUUCACAGGCAGAUUCGUGCCUCCAAGGGGAUAGUGAUCCUAGAAGAAUGUCAACUUCCAAAAGACAUUUUGAAAAAACAAGUACAAUAUGUAGACCAAGCACCUUCGUUAAACACUACAGGGAAUACUCAGAUUCCCCAAGAGAGUCAAGAUCCUUUACCAGAACAAGAUUUUGAAAUGUCACCAAGUAGCCCUACUCUACUUCUUCGCAACAUAGAAAAACAGAGCGCACAGUUGACUGAGAUCAUCAACAGUUUGAUUGCCCCUCUCAACUUGUCCCCAACUUCGUCACCCCUCUCCUCCAAAUCCUGUAGCCAUAAAUGUCUGGCUAAUGGCAUUUCUCGGAGUGCUUCAGAGAAUUUAGAUGAGCUGUCUCCCUCCAGUAGCUGGUUACUUAACCAGAAGCACAGUAAGAAAAGGAGAAAAGACAGGACAAGAUUGAAAUCUCCACCCUUGACUAUCAUGAGUACAGCAGCUCGAACAAGGCCACUUCAGAAUUUCCACAAACGAAAACUCUACAGAUUGAGCCCUACUUUUUAUUGGACUCCACAGACUUUGCCUUCUAAAGAAACAAUGUUUUUAAAUACUACACAAAUGCCUUGUCUGCAAUCAGCUUCAACUUGGCAUAGCUGUGAACACAAUUCAAAGUCUCAGAUGUUUAGAGAGCAUGUAUCAGAGUUAGAUUCUUCUUUCCAUUCUGUUCUAUCAUUGCCAUCAGAUGUGCCUCUUCAUUUUCACUUUGAAACACUGUUUAAAAAGACAGAAAUAAAAGGAGAUCUUGCUGAAAAUAAAUUUGUCGGAGAUUGUAUCAUAUCUCCAUCACCUGUACAUAAUACUUCUCUGAGUCAGUGGAAAAACGGAUAUUCUCCUACAUGCCAGCCUCAAAUAAGGCCAGAAUCUUCUGCACAGCUGUUCCAGGGAAGAAAGAAAAGACACUUGAGUGAAACAGCAUUAGGAGAAAGAACAAGAUUUGAAGAAUUUGCUUUUCACCACACAGAACCAGGAUCUCACAUCAAUAUUCCUGCUGCUACUAAUGUCAAUGUUAUAUCAAGAACCCAGAAUUCAUCAUCACAAAAUACUGCACGACGGAGAUUGCGAAGCGAGAGUUCUUAUGACAUAGAUAAUAUCGUGAUUCCCAUGUCAUUAGUGGCCCCAGCUAAGUUAGAGAAACUCCAAUAUAAGGAAAUACUCACUCCAAGCUGGAGGAUGGUUGUUCUUCAGCCUUUGGAUGAAUAUAAUGUAAAUAAUGUAGGCGGAGAGGAGAUAGAAGAUCUUUCUGAUGAAGUCUUCUCCCUAAGGCACAAAAAAUAUGAAGCAAGAGAACAAGCCAGAUGGUCAUUAUGGGAGCAAAGCAAGUGGCACAGAAGAAACAGCAGAGCUUACAGUAAAAAUGUGGAAGGACAGGACUUGCUUUUGAAAGAAUAUCCUAAUGCCUAUAGUGGCCAGCACCGUGCUGCUUCAAGUCCUCAGAGCCAGGAUCGGACUGCACACGGCUCACCGUCAUUACACGAAGGACAAGACACGACGUCUCUGUGGUGGGAACGACGGACUUUUCCACUGAAGGAUGAAGACACAGAUGCCUUAUUAUGCCAAGAUAAAAAGAACAAUCAGAUUGAAAGACCGAGCCCAGCUUUCAGUCAAGUCUUCUGUACCAGUGCACUAGAGAACGGCCACCACACAAAAAGGCAGGCAGACGGAAUGGAAGCAUACAAAACCUUUGCUCUAGGAUUAACUCAUGUUAAGAAAAAAAUUGGUGAUAGGAAACAGAUAAAGAAAACUGUACUGAAUGGAAAACAGGAGAAAAAAAAAAUCCCUGUUCUCCAUCUCCCACCCGCUCCUGUCACAAUUCCAGGGUAAGAGCAUGUACUGCAUGUAGGGAUCUUUUAUGCUGUUUAGGCAAGGUAUGUCUCUUUUUCCUUCUUGAACCACAGGAGUUAACUAGCUUUUCACUUACAGACAAAUGCUAGUCAUUUGUGUUUAUGAUGCAAAUCACAAGCACCAAAAAAUUAACUGCUGCAAUUUGAUGUUAAAUCACAUUACUGGGUAAAUCAUUUUUAAAAGAUUUUAUAUCCACACACACAUAUACAUGCACACAUACUUGUGCAUCAAAUGAUAGCUCUUCUUUUUUCUACACACAUGGUAAUUCAUGAAAACUGCUUCAGAAAUAUUAGAGUAUACAAAUACGUGUGUAUAGAGUAUACAUACACACACGUAUGUAGUUUUAAAAAAACACUGGCAGUGACUACUCCACUUUAAAAAUGCAUGUAUGAAUUACCCCAUGAAAUGUAAGCUGCACUAUAAAUACAGAAGCACAUGUUUCCAAUGAUAAUGGACACCUAAGUCUUGACUAUGGAGAUCGAAUUUUUUUUACAAAAAAUGUUUAACCAAUAGAUGUUAUUUAUGGAAAUUUCUAUACCAGAUAACACAAUAUUCCUUUAUUUGAAAUCACUGAUAUCUGUUGGACUAAACAUAGGUUAUUUUCUAUGCACUCCUAAUAGAAUCAGACAAGCAAAGUAGAGUUAAAUAUUGGUGUUUUUUAAAAGUACUGCAUCUUUUAAAACUCAAUUACUCAACUUGAGUUUUUAUCUAUUUUUAUCUGUAUCUCAUGAGGAGAAGACACCAAGUUAAAUGAGCACCAGGAAAGUCCUGUCAGUAUGAAACAUUGUAUUUCUAGUUAAUUUAUUAUUAUACCAUAGCUUAUUCUAUUCAAAUAAGCAUCUAUUCUUACUUGUAUCCUCGAGUGAGAAUUAAAACUUUUCAAAGGAUAAUGCUUCAAUAUUGGAGACUGGAGUGUACAUUAAGGAAAACUUUUUGAAGCCAUUACAUCAUUUUUUUUCCUAUGUAAAAACUGAGGACAAUUUAUAUGAAUCACUUUUUCUCAUGUAAAAAAGGUUAUUCAAGUUGUAGUACCCAUUUAGCUGACAAUCCUGGCCGUCUGGCCUAGCCUUGGGGUGAUACUAAGUUUUUGUUAGGGACUGGAAAUUAUGCUAGUUCCUUUAAAGAAGAAAAACAAAUUCAAAUUCAAUACUGACAGAUUUUUGCUUGUAGUUUUACUGUACAUUUAUUUUUUAAAAAAGAAAACAAAAGCCAGACAAACCCAAGUCGUCAGGCAAAUAAACUCAAAUCUUUCUGUCAUGUCUGAUAUUAUAAUCUUCUAUGUAAGUUUUUUAAUUAAAGUUAUUUCUAUAUACCUUGUUGUCUGAUUUGAUUAAACACCACCUUAUUCAUGGCACAAAACUUUCCCAAGCCAAAAUAAACACAAACAUUAAGAAACAAAUUUUUACUUUGUAAUCUAGAAAAAAACACAAAGCAAGCUCUAUUCCAUGCUUACCUGUUAAUGUUCUUACUUUUCAAAUCUUACUUCUUAAAACUCACAGAAGCCUAAAGAAGUUCAUUGACACUGGUCCUGUUAUUUCUUGCCAUACGCCUACGUAUUACAUAGCAAGAGUAUUUACAAUAAUGAAGUGGCAGAUAUAUUUGUUGUCAUAGUGUAAUUUGAGACACAAUAUUUAGUUUAUGGAUUAACUCUACGCCUUGUCAUCUCUUAGCCUACCUGGUCUUUCAUGGAUUAAUAAAAUAUGUAUCCUUGGGGUCAAAAUCCAUAGUUCCAGAAUUUCCUCAGCCACCUGGUUCCACCACAGGGUAAAGUUAGACUGGAAAUAAGACAAUGUUAAGUAAAAGAAGCGUUCUUUGCCUAAUGCACCUCCCAAGGCCUCCGUUUGUAAAAAGUACACACCAGAAAAUCCUAUGCCCUACUGGAUCCUUUCCGUGCUAUCAGCCUGUUGCUGAGCUUUUGUAUCUUCACUUUUCAAACGGGGACAAAAGUACCUGUCCUACCAUUCACAGGAGUGAUUUGUAGAUUUAAUGAGAUUAUAUCAAAGUACUUUAUAACCUACAAAUUUAUAAUGAUAGUUUUGUACUGAGCAUCCUCAUUUCUAUCCUACAAUUCUAGGAAUAGUAGUGGAAGCUUUACAUGUAUAAUAGUAUCUCUGUUAAUCCUCAGUACAAACCUGCAGUUAUUAGUUGCAUUCAAUGUAUAAAUCAGCUAACAGAAUCUUGAAGAAAUUGGUUGAUUUGAUUUGCUAAGGUCAAAUAGUUGGAAAGGGGAAGAGUCAAGAUUCAUCUCAAUUUUACUUCCAAAUGGAAGCUUUUCUUUCCUUUCUGCUCAGAACUAACACAUUACUUCAUGUCCUAAAGAAUGGUGACCGUGAUUAAGAAAAGGGUGGGGUGGAAGGAAAUCUCUGAGAAACCAGCCCCUGCAGCAAAUCUAACAAACACCCUCGUAAAAAUCUAUGCUUGCAUUUUAAAACAGAUCACCUGAAAAUCCCUGGGCUCCAUACAUUGUUUUUAUAGUCUUUAUAUAUCAAAUAUAAGGUGCAAAGUAAAAAACAGAUGCUUUAGAAGCAAGAAGAACAUCGUAUGCCAUCCCAGCCAGAUUCACUUAGAUUUUUCAUAAAUUGCAUUCUACUCAUUAUCACGCAUACCAUGUUUUCCCGAAAAUAAGACCUAGCCGAACAAUCAGCUCUCAUGCGUCUUUUGGAGCAAAAAUUAUAUAAUACUGGGCCUUAUAUAAUUGUCCGGCUAGGUCUUAUUUUCGGGGAAAUA